AUGGGAGUCGGCGCGGGGGAGGGUGGCUACGACCUGUUGACUACCGCGGUUGCCGUCGUACACCCCUUCCAGCUCGCGGUCCCUGCUCUCGUCCGUGCAUUCUGUGUAGUCCUGUGCUACCGUAACAUUACCAUGGCAGGCGUCGCUUGGCACUAUGUUUUGAAGUUCAUCAUUACAGGCAAGUCAUGCGACUCUGCCGUCGGCAAAUCCUCCCUGUUAGUCCGUCUUACAGACCAACGGUUCUUGGCAAAUCCUGACCCAACACUAGGAGUAGAAUUCGGUUCGAAACUUAUCUCCCUCCCAGAGGAGAACAAAGUUGUCAAACUCCAAUGCUGGGACACUGCCGGCACGGAAUCGUUCAGGUCCAUAACGCGUUCGUACUACCGCGGCGCCGCAGGCUGCCUCCUUGUCUACGAUGUGACCGCGCGGCAAACUUUCGUGAGCGCGCGAUCGUGGCUGGCCGACGUGCGGGAACACGCUGACCCACACUUGACUUGCAUUCUGGUCGGAAACAAGAUUGACCUGUGUUCCGAUGACGGUCCUCCGGGUCCCGGCAAGCGCGCGCGGGAGGUCUCCACGGAAGAAGCAGAGCUAUGGGCUCAGGAAGAGGGCCUGCUGUUCGUGGAGGCCAGCGCGAAAUCAGGCCACAACGUCGAGGCUGCAUUUGAACAGGCCACCCGGGAUAUCCUCGAUAAGAUCCGAAGAGGAGUAUUCGAUGAUGCCAGGUCACCUGGCGUUAAGUUAUCAAAGCCGUCAGAUACGAAUUUGACAUUAGACGCGGACACUUCCGAGGGACGCUGUUGCUAA